AAUCCAAUGAAAACCUAAAUUUCCCCUAACUUUCACGCCGCGCCACCAUCAACUCUCCCUAACUGUUUCACGCAGCGCCACCAUCAAUUCCCCUAACUGUGUCGCGCCGCGCCACCAUCAAUUCUCCCUAACUAUUUCACGGUUUCACGGCGCGAUGCCGCCACCAUCAGUCGAUACUGUAAGCAGUUUACCGGACGAAAUACUGUGCAGUAUUCUGUCUUUACUCCCCACCAAAGAAUCAGUUGCUACAACCCUUUUAUCCAAGCGAUGGACUCAUCUCUGCCACCGUGUUCCAGAUCUCCACUUCACCGACAUCACAGAAUCCAAUAUUGACUCUCUUUACUCCUUUUUACUCUCCAGAGAUACAGCCGAUUCUAAUUACAUCAGCAUUUUCAAUUUGGACAUUCAAUUUUCUCAUAGUUUCGACUUUCACAGUAUCACCAAAUGUGUCGAUUUUGUUGUUCAAACCAGACUCAGACUCAAGUUUCUUCGUCUCCAUCUCCACCAUGAGUGCAACAAAGUUCUUCGACCUCAAUUGCCUUUUACCAUCUUCACAUGUAAAACCCUAACAAGUCUCAGCCUCUACUGGUUCCAUACCGAUGGUUAUUCUUUUUCUUCAAAUACAUGUCAACUGCCCUUGCUCAAGAUCCUUCGUUUGGAACUCAUUAAUUUCGUUAAAAUUCGAGAUUUUAUGUUGUUUCUAGCCGGAUCUCCAAUUCUCGAGGAUCUGACAGCUUUUCACAUAUACUUUGACUUCUUUAGAGAUGAUUCUUCUCAUACCUCUCCUGAGUUUAAAAGCUUAACCUGGCCCAAUUUGACUAGACUAAAUUUGUCUCCUUUUUGUGGUUCUUCAUGGUUUAUGUUUAUGGUCAAUGCUCUCUCUACUUCAGUGUUUCUCUCCAUAGAAACAAACAGCUUGUAUAUAGAAGACCACAUAGUCUCCAAGAUAAAUCAGCAGUGCCUUGACGAUAUUCCUAUGUUUCAUAACUUGACACACUUGGAGCUCCAUAGUCAUUGGGAAUUGGUAUUAAAGGUGCUCCACCUAUGCCCUAACCUUCAAAAUCUUCAACUUUCUCAGGCGUCAAAGCAGGCAAGAUGGAAUGAUAAAAAUUAUCUGGAAAUUUUCAAGAAGCCUCAAUUUGUUCCAAAAUGCCUCUCAUUAUCCCUUACAACUUGCGCUAUGCGGGACUUUUUAGGCCUACAAGGUGAUCUUAUGUUGGCAAAAUAUAUUUUGAAAAAUGCAAAAUAUUUACAAACCAUGUCAAUCUCGAGCUUAACGGAACUACCUGGAAUAGAAAGAAAGCUUUUUGCGUGCCCGAUGGCCUCGACAACAUGUCGACUUUCAAUUAUUCAUAACAAAGAUUAGGUAAGUAGUAGUUUGUUUCUCUAUCCUACUUGUCGUUUUAUUAGCUUAGCUUCUACAAUAUACUCUCUUCUUGAUUUGGUGGUUUGAACUUUGAACUAUGGUUUGCGAAGGUCAUGAAUUUGUCUCCCUUGAUAAGUUAAGCAAAAAUCAUCAUUAAAUGAUUUAGUCUACCUGUUUACUUAUAUAUUUGUUUAUUAAACUUGUUUGUGACUACAAUUAGAUCAACCCGAAUCCAUUUAUGGCCACAUGUAUGCUAAAUCCAGAUUUGGAUGCAUAGCAACAUGAUAAGACGGCGCCUACAAAGAUUAUAAAGUAGUUGUUUAAUUUCUUAAGGGAAUCAUUUUGUUUUUUGUUUUUAUUUGAAAAUACUGUUUUGAGUGCUUUAUCAAAGAUGACUUGGAGAUUUUUUUAGAUAAGAGAAAGAUUCAGAACAGAAUUUUGUUAUGUUUUAUUGAAGAAUACUCUUGAUGAUUCUAACUAGAUAAAUGUGAUUGUCUAACCAACUCUCUUAGACUUUAGUGCAAAGGGUAACUAAUUGUAACAAAAGAAACACUACUAGUGAGUAAUAGUUACUCCUAACUUCCCCCAAAUCUAAGGCGGUUGACCAAGUUUACACUUGUCAAACAUGUUUGGCCCUACGCAAAGGACUCCGAAUAGAUGUGUUGAUUUUAAUGGUAAAUUUGUAUUAUUUUCAAAAAUAUACAUUCAGGGCUUAUGUUCAAAAAAACAAAAUGGAUGUGUUGAUUUUUAAAUAAAUAUUAAAUUAUUAUUAAAAAAAACAUUUUAAAGACAAAGAAAAAGUGCAUUUGCAAUUAAGACAUUAUGACUAUGAAAUGAAAAAUAUUCUCAAUAUUAAAUGAUAUCAAGAUACUUAGAUAAAGAUUUCUUAACUUCUUAAAAAAGAAAACUGAUUUAUAAUAAUGGCUGUAAAUAAUCAGUUCAAAAUGGAUUCGGCCACUUCUUUCUUAUCUUGCAAAAAAUGAUCUUUUCCUUUUAAAUUUUUUGGCAUUUGGGUUGGAGAAAGAGCUAACAAGACGAAGGUGUGGAAGGACGUGGUUAACAACAUAAAAUCAAGAUUGUCGACGUGGAAGGGGAGAAACAUUUCUAUAGGUGGAAUCUAUAGGUGGAAGGGUGACUCUCAUUGGGUCGGUGCUUAACGCAAUUCCGAUUUUCACACUUUCUUUUUAUAAAGCACCGAGCAAGAUUAUCAAAGAGAUUAGAGGUCUUCUUAGUAAUUUUUUGUGGAAUGAGAAUGCAAAUAAAAGAAGUAUUCAUUGGGUGAAGUGGGAAAAUGUUUGCAAACCUAAGGAGAAAGGUGGAUUAGGUAUUAGAGAUGUUGGUGAUAUAAAUAGAGCUCUCCUUCUCAAAUGGAAAUGGAGAAUUUUGAAGGAGGAUAAUGUCAUUUGGAGUAGAUUUCUACUCUUGAGAUAUCAUGAUUCGAAAUUCAAAGUGCUAGCUUCUUGUGGGGAUGUUUUAAAUCGGGAUGAUUCUAGUUGGAGAGAUAUCAUCCUUAAUGAUUUUAAAGAGGAGGAUAGCGUUGAAGGCUUUACCGAUUGGAUUAAUUGUGAGUGUAAGAAUGGAAACAACAUUCUUUUUUGGCAUAGUUGUUGGUUGGGCGAUCAAAUUCUUCGUGAAUCUUUACCACAUUUGUUCGAACUCUCAACCAAUAAACUUUGCAAGGUUAGCGAUAUCAUAUCUCGGAAUAAUGGUGUCUUUUCUUGGAAUAUCAACGAUCUCUUCGGCAUUGACAGAGUGUCCAUCUUGAACUUGUCUUCCCUCUCUACCGACCAAAAUGGUACCAUCUCGGAUUUGCCUACUCAAGAGGGACUUAAAAGAAUCUUUGGAGAGCUUCACUCCGAUCAAUUCGGAAAAUGACGUUUUUCAUUGGAAGCUUAAUCCCUCCGGUGUUUUCUCGGUUGCAAGUGUGACUAGUGUGGUUUCUAAUGCCAAAGACAAUGCUUGGCCAAUCUAUACUAUCAAGUUGUUGGAAACAAUGUGGAAGUCUAAGGUUCCGAAAAAGGUCCAUAUUUUUUUCUUGGAGAUUCUUUAUUGAUCGCCUUCCUUUAAAAUACCUUUUGCUUCAUAGGGGGUUUCUAAUUUCACCUCUCUUGAUUGUGUCCUUUGUUCUAACCAUCCGGAAUCUUCGCUUCACCUUUUUUUUCAUUGUAAUGUUUCGAAAGCGGUGUGGGAGAAAGUCUACAAUUGGUUGGGAGAAGACGUGGAGUUUAAUUUUGACGAGUUCAAAAGCUUCGGUUGCAUUCAAGAGAAGGUGAAGAAACACAAUAUUAGAAUUAAAUUAAAUUCUAUUUGGUUAGUUACAAUUUGGUGCAUUUGGUUGAUGAGAAUGUUAUUAUCUUUGAGAACGCUACUUUUAGCUUCGAAACGGUAAUCUCCAACAUUUUGUUCUUCUAUUGGAGAUGGUUAGAUGGUAGUGAUCCUAUUUCUAGGAUCCCUUUUUAUGAUCGGUAUAAAUUAGUGCGAUAUCUUAUAAAAUUGCUUAUUAAAAAAAAUGGAGCGAGUCUUGAGCAAUUGGUCAAUACUUUUUUUUGCUUUACUUCAACUCAAAUUGUUAAAUGAUGAAAUGAUUAACUUGUUGGCCAAGAUUAAACAUAAAUGACUGGGUUGCAUAAAUUUAAUUUAAUAAGCUCUGACUCCAUGACUACUGCACAGAUCCUGUAUCUACCAAAACUUAAUCAUAUUUUAAUUAAAAGAAGCUGGAAGCUAAAAUGUAAUGAAUCAAAGGACAUUGGGGACUACGCCAAUGAAGUAAAAUUGGAGCGAAAAAUGUUGUGCUGAAGUUCAUGUUACAGAAGUACAUGUUAUGAUAAAUCUCUUACAUGUUAGUGGAGCAUCA